CGAAAGGUAUAAACGGCGCCUCUAUUGGUGCUUCCUGUGAAGUCUGAUACGACUUCCGGAACGUCGGGUAAUCACAACGUCAGCUGUUUUGGCCAAGAUGGCGCACAGCCUGGUAGAGUUGGAGGUUCCUCUGGAUGCUGACCAAGCUGGUGACCAAGGGAAAAGUGUUUUGAGGCGUUGCAGAGGACGACCCAGGCUCACAGACUCCGACCGAGCUCAGAGGCGUCUUGAAUCCCGAAAGAAGUACGAUGUGAGGAGGGUGUACCUUGGAGAGUCGCACAAGCUGUGGAGUGAGCUCCGUAGACGGACCAAUCUGAGUGAUGCUGGACUGGCAGAGUAUCUGAUCCUGCUUAACUCCACAUAUGGAGAAAAAUACCAGCAGAAAUACUGCGGGAAGAAGAUUGCACCAGAAGUCUCGGUAAAACAGAAAAAAGGCAGGAAGGACUGUGUGUCCAGCCUCCAGAGCCUGGUGGGUUGGUACCAGGAGCACUCCCACUCCUGCCCUCACGAGCCCCAGCUCAAGGCCCUAGAGCCCCAGCCCAACUUCUCCACUGCUGCUAUCUGGCAUUGUGACUCUAACCACUCAUUUGUGCAAUACCUUUUUUCACCACCGAGGGCAGCAAGUGACUCUGAACAUGAGGAGGGAGUGAUUGUAGAGGAGAAUGAACAAAAAACAGACUUGUUUGUGACCAAAGGCGUAGUGAGCAGGAGGAGAAGAAAGGAGGCUCACAAACAAUUCAAAGAUGUGGAGGAAAAUGUUGAUGUUUCUGAGGCACAACAUACAACCAUGAGCCUGAUAGAAGAGGCUGCAGCUCUAAACCACCAGCCCAGUAUAGAGGCUUCUUCCAAGGAUGUUCCACUGAUAGGGCAGCCUGUCUGGGAGAUGGAGAUGGUCAUGGAGCGACAGCAAGGCUCCCCCACCGCAGCAUUUCACUCUAUCCCCUCAGAAGAGGAGGCUGAGGAUCUGAGGCAAGGUAGAGACGAAAGGGAAGGAGGAGGAGAGAGUCUCAGAGAAGAAGAAAUCAGGACUAUACAACAUAGUUAUGAUUGUGUUACUGUGACGGCAUCCUUAGCUGAUAAACUGGAGAAGACAGAUGAGGACUCUGUGCUGUCACAGAGCUUGAGUGGCUCUGUCCAACUGGGUGCUCAGCCUCGGCUGUCAGUCCAACCACCCAUGCAGGUACAAGAGCAGAGUGAGCUGUUUGACCCUCAGACUCUGCAGACGGUAGUGACCAGCUGUGACAUUCCUGACCAGAGGACGGCUUUGGAAGGUUCACAGUUAAUAAUCAUCACUGGCUCCAGCUAUGAGGCCCUGGCGUCAGAGGGCAUCCAGCUCAACAUGGGUGGCGGAAACGUGGAGGAAGUCACCUGCACUGUCAUCGGGGGUGUCACCUACAACCAGGUGUGCUCUUGUGAUUCAAAAAUCCGAACAGCAGAGGAUGAAGACUCAAUGACAGGUUUGAGUGACAAACAGCUGCUGCAGCCCACUGUUGAUACUCUGGAAUUGAGUGAUGACAGAGAAUUGCAGAGGAGUCUGAGCAGCGUCAGAUCAAAGAGAAACAGACGAGGCCCAGUUAUUGAGGCUGAUGGGAUGCUCAAGAUGUUCCACUGUCCAUACGAGGGCUGCAGUCAAGUCUAUGUAGCUAUUAGCAGCUUUCAGAAUCAUGUGAACCUAGUUCACAGGAAAGGGAGGACCAAGGUUUGUCCCCAUCCAGGCUGUGGAAAAAAGUUCUACCUGUCAAACCACCUGCAUCGCCAUAUGAUUAUCCAUUCAGGGGUAAGGGAUUUCAUCUGUGAGACAUGUGGAAAAUCAUUUAAGCGUAAGAAUCACCUGGAGGUUCACAGGCGGACCCACACAGGAGAAACACCACUUCAAUGUGAAAUAUGUGGCUACCAGUGUCGCCAGCGUGCAUCCCUGAACUGGCACAUGAAGAAGCACACUCCAGAAACCCACUAUAAUUUCACCUGCGAGCUCUGUGACAAGAGGUUCGAGAAACUGGACAGUGUUAAAUUCCACAAGCUGAAGAGCCACCCAGACAAGCAGGCAACCUAAGGUGCUCAAAUACUGCUGAUAGGAGCUAAACAAGAACAGGUUGGCCCUCGGUAACUCUUCCAGUGAAGAGAAAGAUUUUACUGCGCUUUAGUUGAUUCUCAUGUCAAUAAUGAUAUCAACAUCGCCCUUGAAACGCAAGCAGUGCAUAAAGGCAAAAGUGAGCCACUCUAACAGCUGUGCAGGACACAGUUGGAAAGAAAAACUUAAUCCACAUGAACAGUGAUCGUCCAAUUCAAUUUUAACAACCAUAACUAAGUUCGGCAGCUCCGUCAAGCUUUGGAUUCCUUUACAUGUUGAAGUGUUGUGAAUGGCUGUGUAAGAGUGAUGUUCCAUAUAUAAAGAUUUUGGGUGGUGGUUUCUUUCCUUUUUUUUAAAAGCCUUUCCAAUACCAAAAUCACGAGAGUAAAAGUGUAAGGAAUGCAUUAAAUGGUGUGUUCGUGUGCUUUACACGUAAGCUACAAAGGUUAGCAUGGCCGGCUAACUAGCUGACUACCAGUAGUGACACGUUAUUUCCAAGGGCAGCAGCAUUUCAUAUUACAUUAUUGUGGGGUUACAGAUUACAAGUUGAAAAACAGCCCAGUCACAACCAGUACAUACAGUGCGUAAAAUUUCCCUUCUGUUUGGGAGCUGGGGCCUCAUUUAUAACUGUUUUGUAUGUACAAAACGGCCACAUUUCGUACAAAACUUAAUUCACAUUCGCAAAAGUUAAUUCAGAUUCCCAAGUCGUGUAGCGCAGAGGAAAAGGCCGGGCUUUAUACUACUAGUCUCACAUAGCCAGACCUUUCUCCACAGCGCUGUCAGCGCUGGAGAAUGGUCAGGCUGCACAGAUUAUCAUUCUGCUAUAGGGGAAUAAAACUCUGUGGCUUGUUUUGCUAAGCCCAGGAUGCAGCAGUGGUGACCCUGCAAAAUAAUGUUGGGAGGAACAUUUGCACGUGAGAGGCAAUCACUGUCACUGCAAUGACUAAUUCCCCACAAAGAAAACACCACAAAAAACAUUAAAAGAUGAAUGUCAAAUGUGUGAUUGCACGAUCCAAAUCUUCGUCAAGCCUUGCCA